UAGAAAGAUUUGAACAAAUCCAAAGAUGCCUCUUGCUCGAACUGAAAUGUGGCAACAGAAUGACACUGUUCCUCUGGAAAGUUUGGACGAGGUUCCAAUGGACGUAACAUAUCAAGGAGGCGCUGAUUCAAGUCUUGGUAGUUCAGGUAUGGAACACCACAUGACGAACUCCAGUAUGGACAGUACUUCUACUCGCUCAUUGCAAUCAGAGCAUUCAGUGACCACGACAGAAAUCAAUAUAUCUGACUAUCUUGGUGGACAUGUGAAGAAAGCUGAUCCUUCUCAUUUUUUAAUGUUAAAAGUUCUAGGGCAAGGAUCUUUUGGGAAAGUGUUUUUAGUCAAGAAAAAGCCUGAAUAUGGAGCCGAUGGGGAUCAUCUUUACGCGAUGAAAGUUCUAAAGAAAGCUACCUUAAAAAUUAGAGACCGGCACAGAACGAAGAUGGAGAGGAAUAUUUUAGCUGAAAUCGACCACCCUUUCAUUGUGACAUUGCAUUAUGCUUUUCAAACUGAGGGAAAGCUAUAUCUGAUUCUGGACUUUCUUCGAGGAGGAGAUCUUUUCACUCGACUGUCAAAGGAGGUAAUGUUCACGGAGCAAGAUGUCAAAUUCUACCUAGCCGAGCUGGCUCUCGCCUUGGAUCAUUUGCAUUCAGUGGGCAUUAUUUAUCGAGAUCUGAAGCCAGAGAACAUUCUUCUGGAUACUGAUGGACACAUAAAGUUGACAGACUUCGGGCUGAGUAAAGAAGCAGUAGGCACCGACCAAAAGGCCUAUAGUUUUUGUGGAACAGUUGAAUACAUGGCUCCUGAAGUAGUGAACAGAAAAGGUCACACAGUCGCAGCUGAUUGGUGGUCGUACGGAGUUUUGAUGUUCGAAAUGUUGACCGGUUCAUUGCCGUUCCAUGGAAGCAACAGGAAAGAGACCAUGCAACAGAUCUUGAAAGCCAAAUUGGGCAUGCCGCAAUACCUCAGCCCAGAAGCUCAGGGUCUUCUGAGACUUCUGUUUAAAAGAAACCCCGCAAACAGGCUCGGAAGCGGACCUAACGGCGUAACAGAUAUCAAAAUCCAGCCUUUUUUCUCAACAAUUGACUGGGAUAAACUGUUCAAGCGAGAGCUCAAGCCACCGUUCAAACCUGCAUGCACAAGUGAGGUGGUGAACUUCGACCACGAAUUCACAAGCAAGACUCCUCGCGACUCGCCUGCCUUUCCAGCAUCAGCGAAUGCAACUCGCCUUUUCCAAGGGUUCUCCUUUGUCAACCCAGAUCUCACCGCUGAUUUUAGUGUUGAAAGGCAGAAAGCUAUCUACGAGCGAUACUACCAUUCAGACAAAGAUCUCAAGAUGACUAGAGCUGUUCACUCAGUAAUCGAGGACCAGUAUGACGUCAAGGAGGAGAUUGGACACGGUGCCUAUUCAAAAGUUUUCCUUUGUGUGGAACGAGCUUCUGGUCGUAAAUAUGCUGUGAAGAGAAUAACUAAAGGAGGAUUUGACCCCAGUGAGGAGGUGGAAAUUCUGCUGCGCAACAAGAACAGUGAUCACAUCAUAAAUCUACAUGAAGUAUACGACGGUGGUGCUACUUACGACUUAGUUACCGAGUUCUGCUCUGGAGGAGAGUUGCUGCACCUCCUUCAGAAGAGGUCAGUCUCCGAGAGGGAGGCUGCCGAGCUCAUGUUUGCCAUAGUUUCCGCAGUAGCCAGUCUACACGAGAGUGGCGUAGUACACCGCGACUUGCAGCCCAGUAACUUGCUCUACAGAACGGCAGAUUGCUUGCCAAAGGACAUUGUUGUCGCGGAUUUCGGAUUCGCAAAACAAAUUAGAGCUGAGAACGGACUCUUGAUGACUCCAUGUUAUACGGAGAAGUUCGUGGCGCCCGAAAUCAUCAAGAAGCAAGGCUACGACGCAGCUUGUGAUAUCUGGAAUUUAGGUGUGAUCAUGUUUGUUAUGCUCUCAGGGCAAACUCCAUUUGCAGGAGAUGCUUCCGAGAAGCCAGAUGUGGUGCUGCAGAGGAUAAAUGAGAGCAAACUCAGUUUUUCCGUCGGCAAUUGGGGAUUCGUGACCCCUUCUGCAGUAAAUCUCUGCAGAGCAAUGCUGCAAGUAGACCCCAAACAGAGACCAUCAGCUGCACAGGUGCUGCGAUCUGAUUGGAUCAUGAACCGAGCCCAACUCCCCACCACAGUCCUGCCGCAUCCUUCAGACUCCCAACGAGUGGGGUCCUCAAUGCGCAUCCUGCAGAAUGCCAUCACCAGGACCACACCUCAGCCCAGUCUGGGAGCAGUGACUCAGAGCAGCAUCGCACAGAGGAGACUGAAUCGCGUCUCAUCCACGACACCAAUCGAGGCCGCAUGAACCAAUGUGCCAGGAUGAGGACGAUGGCCGCUCCACUCUACGUUCCCCAUCAUCGGCACUAUCUUUAUCUCUCUCAGAUUAGAAUUCGUUUUCGGAAAUUGAAUUAACUGUUUACCUAUCGGAUUUAAUUUGGGUAUUAGAGUAGGUAAUUAAUUACAUGUAGAAACCCUGAAAGAUUUUAUUUUAUACAAUUUAUAGCUGAUUACUGUGUUGUCUUUGAAAGAAGCUAUACUGUAUGGCCUCCAUGCAAAAAGUGUGAUGGUUUUAGUUAUUUAACUCUAUUAUAGCUCGUGUGAAUAAGACUUGGCGACGAAACUCAUCUCUGGUCAUUUUUAUUUCCUAUCGUAUUUCAUACAGAUAGUUUGGCUGGAAUGAAUAAGUCCCGGAGCUACGACAUCGCCCAAAAUAAUAGCAAUGCGAAAAAUGAUAGUUAUAUUUGUCUGUCGUCGAUAUCGUUGCUUCAAAGUAAAGAGUAUCUAGCCACAUACAUGUUGGUGCUCCUGUAUCUGCAGAUGUAGAUUGAUCUGUGAUCUGACCUGCUACAUCUGUCUUGAGACUUUUGCCUGAGUUUCUGAAAAGUAUCUCCAUCUUUCGUACUUUCUCUACGUAGUAAUUCUUUUAGUUUAAUAUUCUCUUGAUACUCUGCAGCUUGUCAACUGAGGAAACGCUCGAACCAAUCAUGAAAACAGUGAGGAGAGUUCUUCUAUCCUGCCUUCUUCUGAUCUAUUCUAGUCUAUUGCAAGUCUCACCACCCAAGCAUCUUUCACUAUAUCUUGCUCUUUCUAUCUAAUGCGCUUUUUCUCUUCACCCCUUUUUCGUUCAAAAACCAAUACUCCGAAAUGUUGCUCAUUCGAAACAUACCACCAAGUAUCGUGAAUGAAAUUUUGGAUCUUUUAUCUCUUUGUAAAUUUUAACUCAAAUCUAUGGCUUUUUAUUUUACAUUCAACAUUAAAGCAAUUUAAGUUCCAGAACUCUAUUUUUGGUUGUAGAAUCAACAUCUGCUUAAUCUGGUUGGAAUCAACGACUGCCUGUGUAGCUGUUUUCUGAAUCGUACCAAUUUUUUUUUCAAAAGUGAACUUUUGCUCUCAAAUCUGGCCGUCCUAACUUACUUAAAAAAAUGGCUGUACUGUGCUUUUCACCAAGCAAAACAGCUAAUCUUGCCCCACAAAUAUGUUGUUGUUAAUUGCGAAAAGUAUUGUUACAGUAAAUGAUUUAUUUGAGUAUGAAUGAAAAUUGGCAGUAUUUUUGCGCUAUACCAGACCAUGUGUGUGUUGUAUUUAAAUGGUUGAAAUAUUGCGAAAUCUGUACUUGACAUCUCGGUACAAUCUGUGCUCAGGUUGUAAUUUUAAUUUCAUCGUCAGAACGAAUCAGAUUUAUUAUUCAUUACCAA